GCGGGGCGGGGACUCGCGGAGGCAUUGGGAGGGAGGGCGCGGCCAACUCCCGGAGGGACAGCAGGCCGAGGGAGCAGCGCUCCGGCCUGGCGCCGAGCCUGAGCCCGCCGGACGGGAGGCGGCUCCGCCGCGGGCCCGGCCCCGGCCCCAGCCCCGCCAGCAUGGCCGGCCGGACCGUGCGGGCCGAGACCCGGAGCCGGGCCAAGGAUGACAUCAAGAAGGUGAUGGCGACCAUCGAGAAGGUCCGGAGAUGGGAGAAGCGCUGGGUGACUGUGGGCGACACUUCCCUUCGUAUCUUCAAGUGGGUGCCAGUGGUGGACCCCCAGGAGGAGGAGCGACGCCGGGCAGGUGGCGGGACGGAGAGAUCCCGCGGCAGGGAGCGGAGGGGCAGGGGUGCCAGUCCUCGAGGGGGUGGCCCUCUCAUCCUGCUCGAUCUCAAUGAUGAGAACAGCAAUCAGAGUUUCCAUUCAGAAAGCUCCCUGCAAAAGGGCACGGAGCCAAGCCCUGGUGGCACCCCCCAGCCCAGCCGCCCAGCAUCGCCUGCUGGACCCCCGGAAGGGGUCCCUGAAGAGACUCAGCCCCCACGACUUGGCCAGGAGAGAGAUCCUGGGGGCAUAACCGCAGGUGGCACCGAUGAACCCCCGAUGCUGACCAAGGAGGAGCCUGUUCCAGAACUGCUGGAGGCUGAGGCCCCUGAAGCUUACCCCGUCUUUGAGCCAGUGCCACCUGUCCCCGAGGCAGCCCAGGGUGACACAGAGGACUCGGAGGGCGCCCCCCCACUCAAGCGCUUCUGCCCAAAUGCCCCUGACCCCUGAGAAGCCGGCCUGCCUGCCCUGCUGCCCCAGGGGCCCCCUUGGCUUUUUACAAAUAAAGACCCUUUUGUAA